AAGACUUGAAAUUUACCACAACAUUAUUGUAACGUAAAUUUAGUUUUUAAAAUUUGAGGCUAAAAUGUUAAACAAAUUUGAGCAGUACUAAAAUACGUCUCAACUAUAGCACACACAGCACCCCUGUUUUCUAACCUAUUUUAACCUAACUUGUUUACAAUGAAUAAAAAUUGGAAAACAUAUUUAUUGUGGUUCGCUCAAGAACACAUUGACUUUAGAUAUGCUGAAAUUGAAUCACUUCUUUCACUUCUGAAAAUUCAAAUGAGAUAUGUUGAGAAGCCCAAUAAAGAUGACCCUUAUUGUAUUGUACAAUUCUCUUCAGAGAAAGAUGUAAAAGAUUUGACUACUCGUUCAGUGUCCUUGCGAAGCACCUUGGAAUUGUGGGCUCAUGCUACAAGUAUUGAAAGUUUACAUGAGAAGAUGAGAAACUAUCCCAACACGUUAAUGGAACCUUAUCUUACUGCUGAUAAAUCAUUUAAAAUAGAAGUUGAGACAUUCAAUAGACAUUUUUCCCAAAAUGAAAAAGUAGACAAACUGGAGAAUUUCAAUUAUUUGCCAGUCCAAGGGCCAGUGAACUUAAAAAAUCCAGAUGUAUUGUUUCAAUAUAUUGAAUAUUAUGGUACAAAGGCAAACAAUCCUCCAGAAUAUCCUUACCAAGUUUUUUUUGGUAGAUGGAUAGCCAAUGGCUUAAGACAACUAAUUAAAAAGUUUUCUUUAAAAACGCGAAAAUUUAUAGGAAAUACAAGCAUGGAUCCUCAGUUGUCACUCUUAAUGGCUAAUCAGGCUAAAAUUAAAGAAGGAGAUUUGGUUUUAGAUCCUUUUGUUGGCUCAGGUUCAUUGCUAGUAGCUGCAGCUCAAUUUGGUGGAUAUGUAUUAGGGGGUGACAUUGAUUAUUUAAUGUUGCAUGCAAAAACAAGACCUUCAAGAAUUAAGCAAAAGCAAAGAGAACAAGAUGAAAGUAUCAAAGCAAACAUGAAACAAUAUAAUUUGGAACACAGAUAUAUAGAUGUUUUAAUUAAUGAUUUUGCAUCAGUUUUUUGGAAUGAUAAACUAAAAUUUGAUUCAAUAAUCACAGACCCUCCAUAUGGUAUAAGAGAAGCCACAGAAAGAGUUGGAACUGAAAAGGAAGACUGCAAAAUUAAAGAAGAACAUUUAUCCACUCACAUUCCUGCAAAAAUUGAUUACAGUAUAUCAAAUCUUUACAGAGACCUCCUAAUAUUUUCUGCCAAAUUCUUGAAAAUUGGGGGGCGAUUAGUUGUUUGGUUUCCUGUAUACAGAGAGGAUUAUAGCGAAGCGGGUUUACCCUCACAUCCAGCUCUAAAAUUGGUUGCCAAUUGCGAACAAACGUUAACAAAAGUAACGUCGCGGCGGUUGUUAACUUUUGAGAAAUAUAGGGAGCCUACAGAAGAAGAAUUAAAAAAACAAAAAAGUAACAUUACAGAUUUUAGAGAAAAAUAUUUCGUCUGCCGGGAAGAAACCAGAAAAGAAAGAAGAAUGCGUGAAGCUAAGAUUAGAGAAGAAAACAGAAUAAAAGCUUUAAAAGAAAUAGAGAAUAAAACGAUUAGUUAAUUUAAA